CACCAGUGACACAGCAUGUCUGACGGUCAACUGAUAGAGACAGACACGACCCAGCUCAUAUUCCCCGGUCUCCAACAAGAUGACGACUGCGAGAGUGACCACGAGGUGCCGCUGCCCAGGCUCCUCUCUCCUGAGGCCCAGUCCAUCUCCAACAUACUGGAGAACUGCAUCAGUCAAAUAGAGAUUGCAGCAUCUCUGCCUACCGUCCAUAAGUCAGAACACCCGUUUGCUGAGGUACGUGACGAGCUCACAAGGGCUCUUGAGGUCCAUCAGUUAUUAACCGAAAAGAUGGAAAAAUCUGAUGGUUUCAAUGAGGAGCCUGUUGGACCCCCAGAAAAAGAACUUGCAAAAAGAAAAAGGAGGGCUCAGCUUGAGAGGGACUUCAAGUACUCUGUCAGGGAUCUGCUAAGGUUGUUCCGAACCCACCCUGAUGCCAUUUUGGGGUUUAAGCCAGACGUGGAUAUGGAAUUAGGAGAAGCUGAGCACACGCUUAUUUUAGGGCUAAAGCAAUUUCAUGGACACAUGAUAGUCAGGUUGCAGACCAGCCCGGAAGAGGAAAUACUGCUAGCCGUCGAGACGGUGUCACCUGACACGGAUAUGAUCGUCAAACUGGAAGAAACAGCUGCAGCCAUCGUCCAAAAAGAUGAUGAGAUUUCCAAGAAGACAGAUGACCUCAGUAUUUUGGAGCGCCGCCUUCAGGAGAGCCAGACGAAAGAAGUGGACUGGUGGCUUGUUGCAGACAAACAGUGUCAGUCCAUCAUUAAGGCUUCGCAGGUGAAGCAGGCCAGCUUCCAGCAGGAAAUAGACAAACUCAACAUUCGCCGCCACACGAUGACGCUGAAAUACAGAGAGGGCGAGAAAGUACUACAAGAGAUAAACGAGAAUGUGGAGAUGGAAAUUGAAUACUUGAUCCAAAAGUUUGAUGAUGAAAUAGAAGAGCACCAGGCUGAGCUGGAGUUAUGUCAGAUUGAUGUUGAGAGGGAAGAAGGAGAAUGCAACAGACUGGAGAAGCCCUAUGCUGACCUAGAGAAGGAGUACAACCGCAUCAUGGAGAAGCGGCGGCUGGCGGAAGAGAAAAGAGUUACCGAGUUGAAGCUCAAAGUCACUCUUUAUUGCCAGUCCUGGUGGAGGGGCUACUGUACCCGCCGGGAGUUGGCUCUUAAUCCCAUGAAGCCGAACAAAAAGGGCAAAAAGAAGGGCAAGGGGAAGGGCAAGGGGAAGAAGAAAAAGAAGUAGUCCCAAAAUAAAAUGACAACAACAUUGUGUGAGCAGCAGCAGGUUUGUAGUAUGGGAUACAUGCAUUAAUGGAUGUUUUAUUAUUAAUAAUCAAUGUCGAUGGGGCACAGGCGACUGAUAUGUUGAGUAUACCAGCUGGUGCUUUGUGACCACAAGAUGGCGAUAUCGGACUGCUGAAAAUUCAAUGAGAGGCGGUCACUGAUAAAGGUUUUACAAACCCCGUUUCCGUAUGAGUUGGGAAAUUGUGUUAGAUGUAAAUAUAAACAGAAUACAAUGAUUUGCAAAUCCUUUUCAACCCAUAUUCAGUUGAAUGCACCACAAAGACAAGAUAUUUGAUGUUCAAACUCAUAAACUUGAUUUAAAACAAAAAACAAAACAAUCAACUUAGAAUUUCAUGGCUGCAACACGUGCCAAAGUAGUUGGGAAAGGGCAUGUUCACCACUGUGUUACAUCACCUUUUCUUUUAACAACACUCAAUAAACGUUUGGGAACUGAGGAAACUAAUUGUUGAAGCUUUGAAAGUGAAAUUCUUUCCCAUUCUUGUUUUGUGUAGAGCUUCAGUCGUUCAACAGUCCGGGGUCUCCGCUGUCGUAUUUCACGCUUCAUAAUGCGCCACACAUUUUCGAUGGGAGACAGGUCUGGACUGCAGGGGGGCCAGGAAAGUACCCGCACUCUUUUUUUAUCAAGCCACGCUGUUGUAACACGUGCUGAAUGUGGCUUGGCAUUGUCUUGCUGAAAUAAGCAGGGGCGUCCAUGAAAAAGACAGUGCUUAGAUGGCAACAUAUGUUGUACCAAAAGCGGUAUGUACCUUUCGGCAUUAAUGAUGCCUUCAUAGAUGUGUAAGUUACCCAUGCCUUGGGCCCUAAUGCAACCCCAUACCAUCACAGAUGCUGGCUUUUGAACUUUGCGUCGAUAACAGUCUGGAUGGUUCGCUUCCCUUUUGGUCCGGAUGACACAAUGUCAAAUAUUUCCCCCAAAAAUUUGAAACGUGGACUCGUCAGACCACAGAACACUUUUCCACUUUGCAUCAGUCCAUCUUAAAUGAUCUCGGGCCCAGAUAAGCCACCGGCGUUUCUGGAUGUUGUUGAUAAAUGGCUUUCGCUUUGCAUAGUAGAGCUUUAACUUGCACUUACAGUUGUAGCGACUAACUGUAUUUAGUGACAGUGGUUUUCUGAAGUGUUCCUGAGCCCAUGUGGUGAUAUCCUUUAGAGAUUGAUGUCGGUUUUUGAUACAGUGCUGUCUGAGGGAUCGAAGGUCACUGUCAUCCAAUGUUGGUUUCCGGCCAUGCCGCUUAAAUGGAGUGAUUUCUCCAGAUCCUCUGAACCUUUUGACAAUAUUAUGGACCGUAGAUGUUGAAAUCCCUAAAUUUCUUGCAAUUGCACUUUGAGAAGCGUUCUUAAACUGUUUGACUAUUUGCUCACGCAGUUGUGGACAAAGGAGUGUACCUCGCCCCAUCCUUUCUUGUGUAGGACUGAGCAUUUUUUGGGAAGCUGUUUUUAUACCCAAUCAUGGCAUCCAGCUGUUCCCAAUUAGCCUGCACACCUGUGGGAUGUUCCAAAUAAGUGUUUGAUGAGCAUUCCUCAACUUUAUCAGUAUUUAUUGCCACCUUUCCCAACUUCUUUGUCACGUGUUGCUGGCAUCAAAUUCUAAAGUUAACGAUUAUUUGCAAAAAAAAAAAAUGUUUAUCAGUUUGAACAUCAAAUUUGUUGUCUUUGUAGCAUAUUCAACUGAAUAUGGGUUGAAAAUGAUUUGCUAAUCACUGCAUUUAAUGUUUGUAUUUUAUUAUAUUUACAUCCAACACAUUUUCCCAACUCAUAUGGAAACAGGGUUUGUAAAUAACCUCAGUUUUUUUAAUAAAGCAGAUUAAAACAA